CCCCUGUCAGGCGGGGAGGGAUAUGAUAUUUUGGAACUAGUCGGCAGCGUGGACAGGAAAUGACCUCUCGAGAAACUGCUGCUUUAAAAAGGAGCGGUGGUGCCUGAAGCUCUCCAGUCUCCCUCUCUCCGGAGCCUGAGCGCUCCCGCUCCCGCUCCCCCGCCCCCCCGUCUCCCGCUAUAGAGGCUCCCACAGCAGUUCCCAGCCAGUGCGUGCAGCCUGGAUGUGUGUGUGUGUGCGCGCUGCUACUUUGUACUGUGAAGAACACACAGCCCAUGUGCUCUGUAUGGAUGUUGAUGAUACUCUGUGUAGCUUGAAUCUCUGCAAGCAGGCAAGAUGUCCAGCACACCACAUGACCCUUUCUAUUCUUCUCCUUUUGGCCCAUUUUAUAGGAGACACACACCAUACAUGGUGCAACCAGAGUACCGAAUAUAUGAAAUGAACAAGAGGCUCCAGUCGCGGACGGAGGAUAGUGACAACCUCUGGUGGGAUGCCUUUGCAACUGAAUUUUUUGAAGAUGAUGCAACCUUAACCCUUUCAUUUUGUUUGGAAGAUGGACCAAAGCGAUACACAAUUGGAAGGACCCUCAUUCCUCGUUAUUUUAGCACUGUCUUUGAAGGAGGUGUAACAGACCUGUAUUACAUUCUCAAGCACUCAAAAGAGUCAUACCACAACUCAUCCAUCACAGUGGACUGUGAUCAAUGCACCAUGGUCACUCAGCAUGGAAAGCCCAUGUUUACCAAGGUGUGCACAGAAGGACGUCUUAUCUUGGAGUUUACUUUUGAUGAUCUCAUGAGAAUAAAAACGUGGCACUUUACUAUUAGGCAGUACAGAGAAUUAGUCCCACGCAGCAUUCUAGCCAUGCAUGCACAAGACCCUCAGGUGCUGGAGCAGCUGUCCAAAAACAUCACUCGAAUGGGUCUGACAAACUUCACCCUCAACUACCUCAGGUUGUGUGUAAUACUGGAGCCAAUGCAGGAACUGAUGUCAAGACAUAAAACUUACAAUCUAAGUCCUCGUGACUGCUUGAAGACUUGCUUGUUUCAAAAGUGGCAGAGAAUGGUGGCCCCACCAGAACCCACAAGACAGCCAACAACCAAGCGGAGAAAAAGGAAAAACUCCACCAGCAGCACUUCCAACAGCAGUGCUGGGAACAAUGCAAACAGUACCAACAGCAAGAAAAAGUCAGCUGCUGCAAACCUGAGUCUAUCAAGUCAGGAUGUGAUGGUGGUAGGAGAACCGACUCUGAUGGGAGGCGAAUUUGGGGAUGAAGACGAAAGGCUUAUCACUAGAUUAGAGAACACACAGUAUGAUGCAGCAAAUGGCAUGGAUGAUGAAGAAGAUUUCAACAACUCACCUGCACUGGGAAAUAACAGCCCGUGGAACAGCAAACCUCCUGCUAACCAGGAGACUAAAUCUGAAAAUCCCACACCACAAGCUUCCCAAUAGGCUAUUCUGCAGCGGUGCCCACUGCAGUGUAUGUCAGUGGGUUAUUAAUUACUGUUUCACACAUUCUUAAAAUGAAAUGAACCCCCACACACCUUGCAAUGGAUAACAGUAUCUGUUUCUAAACUAAAGGUAUCUCAUGUGUUUUUUAAUUAGGGAAAACUCUUGUAUAAGCUUCCAUGUACAUUUCUUGGAAGCAUUCAGAUCCAAGGUGAUACUGGCACUGACCUCAGUUAAAAUAACUGCAAAUUAAAGAGCAUCUCGUGGCACAUUCCUGACAGUACCUUUUAUUGGAAGGGGUUGUUUUUAUCCUCAUCGAACGAUGGCCAUCCUUUAGCAAGUCCUCAGUGCUCAGGAUCUCAUUAACGUGACUAUGUAAAACUUUUUACAAUUGUAAUAUAUUUUCUGCUUUUCAACUUGCACCUGAAAUUUCUUGUUUCAGAGGAAAUCAGCUUUUAAGGAAAGGUAAUUUAAAGUAAGUUUUGUUCUUUCUUUGACUUUCCUUUCACCGGUUAAUCGUUUGAAGGAUCCAGCGUUUGUAAUUUACGUUUAGCUGAUGCCAGUAAAUACUCUUGCCAUCCUUUAAUAAAAAUGCUGAAACAAGAAAUGUCUUUUUUUCAUCAAAGACAUGAGAAAUAUUUUUAUGUGGAAAAAGACACCCAGUCCUAUGAGAGUUUAUGCUUUGUAAAAUUGCUGUCGAUCCGGAUAUUUUAAAGCCAUGUAAUCUAUUAACUUUGUGGGCAGCUUAAUAAAUCUAAAAACUUUUGUGUUUUUAUUAUUGUAUCUGAGUUGGCUUUGUUGUUAUUUCUUUUCAUAGUAUAUUUCUUGUAUAAUAUUUUUGUAAAGCCCUUAAAACUUUUUUUUGUUUUAUUUUUUUUUCCCUUUUUUUGGAUUCUGGUGUAUUUAUGUGAAACUUUAUAAAAGAAACUAAUUUUUUUCAUUUACAUAUUAAUAUGUUCAAGCUCAUCAUGUAAAGACACAGUGAGUCAGUGUGUUAUAUAAUACAACUGUAUUUUAUGUAUGCUUUGCCAAUAAGUGUGCCAAUAAACUGUGUU